AUGGUUUUCUGUUGGGUCUGGCCGCUCCGCCGGAGGUGCUGCACGGGUCCUCUUCUGCUGCUGGGCAUCGCUGUGGGGCUCUUUUACCACACUGUGACUAUAGACCGAGACAGAACCGAGAUCAAGUCCAGUCAACGGGACCAAAGGAACAAAUCAGCUGGCUUUGAUUAUGAACUUCUGCUUAAGAAUCCAGAGAAGCUCAUAUCCUUACUAGAAGCAUCAUGGCUCUCUGAUGUGUUUGGAGACUGGACUGUGCCUCGCAGUGCCAUAGAAAUAGUCAUAAACACGGAGGUGCAUCGUUCUAAAGGCAGCUGUGCAGGAAAAGCCAUCAUUCUGACAGGCCAGCAUGCUCCGACUGACACUGAGGUUCAGCUGUACCAGAGAGUCCUCCAGCAGCAGGGAUAUCGAGUGGAUCAGGCCCGAUAUGCAGAGACCAGCAUCUCACUCAGACAGGACAGAAGAGAUGGAAGAGACUGGUCUGUCUUGAUAUGCUUAAAAGGCUCUGAAAAGAGUUGUCUGCGUAAAAUCAACUUCGCCCAUCCACAGCACCACCAGAGGGUUAACAUAAUACCAGCCUUUGCCGGAGCGUUUCUGGACAUGGGCGGAGUUUGCCGGUUUUUGACGGACAACAAGUUGUCAGGAGCGACAUUACCCAUAAACCCCUCUGCCUGCUCCUUUUCCACAUCUCCACUAGAAGGAAUCCAAAAUACUAAUGAUGAACGGAGGCAGCCAAUCACACACAACCAUUCAGACAAUCAGGGAUUAAAUGCGACCAUAAACGUGUACGUCCUGGUUACUUCUGCAACACCGCUGACCGCUUUCGUCCACCGCACUGCCUUGGUCAGAACUCCCCAGGAUAAAGCUAGUUACGCCACCGAGCUUCAAGUAUUCUUCAGAAAGAGACUGGGUUCAGUUGUCUCUCAUCAGGCGAUCAGACACAUCAAUCAUGUUAUCAGUGAAGUCCUUAAAGCUGCUCUGUUCACUACAAAGGACAGCAGCUCCUCACCCAGGUGUCAGUUGUGUUUUCAGUUAAUGACCUUCUCAUUGCUCUAUAAUUCCUCUCUUCGUCCAGUGGUGGUGAAGCUUCAAACUGACCUACACUUUGAUGGAAUGAAGGAUCACUUCGAUGGACAGAUAGCCAAAGAGUAUAUGCUGGAGGAUGUUCUCAAACUGCUUUUCCCAACAUGCAUCAGUGAAUCUGCAGAGCCCAGUUCCCGAGUUAACAUACUGGAGGAGAAUCAAAAGUAUGGUGGCUGUGAGGGGCCAAACACUCUCUGUCUGCCUCCAGAUGAGAUGCAUUUACUGCUGCAGUUUAAUCAGCACCUCAGAAAUCCAGGACCCUUUCAGCUGCUGCAUCCUGUAUCUCCUCCUGCUGAUGAUCUAAUCCAGAAAAAGCCCCUCAGCGCACAGGAUUAUGGAUGGAGACCAGCUCUCAUGGCUCUGCUCCAAAAGCUCAGUCUUUACUACAUGACAAGGCAUCAGACUGAAAGCUCGGAUGACUCAAGAAGCCCAGAGGCAUCAGAAUCGCUGUCAGGAAAAGGGAGGUGUGUUGAUCCACACCUGAGGCAGCUUUACACAGACCCUCCAAUGGUGCUGAUGCCAGCGUUUAACGCUUGGGUGAAGGAAUAUCGAGCUGAAGUCCCGUUUGAUGUGAUCACAAUUCAGAUCCGGCCCGAACCAGUCAGUCCACAUUGUCACAUUCACCUGGAUGAACAUCGCGGACCCAGGAUGGCGAACUACCCAGUUGGCCUGGGCAACAGCAGAAUCAACAUUCUGGUGAUGGACGAAUCAGAGGCCGAGCCUGUCGUCAUGACGAUAUACACUCUGAACAUAUACCGUGAAAGCCGGCCCAGUCUGCCAAUGUUUGAUGAGUAUGUGAUGUGCAGUUUUGUGCAGACUCCAACCUGUAUCUCUUCUUUUCUCACCCUGUCGGAGCAGGACUGCGGCCUAGUCGUUCGGCCAGACCAGCCCUGCGGUUUGGAGCCCAUUCCAGGAGUGCGAUCUUCAGGAGAGGCCCAGGCUUCACUUCGGCCUUGCCUUUCAGGAGAUGAACCUGGCCGCUGGGUCGUCCCGUGCCUGAGCUGUUCAGACAACAGGACUUGUGAUUGGAGAGAGGUUUCCUGGCAGCCGGACAAUUGUUAUCACCCACUGUUGGAUCAACCUCAGCUGCAGUCCUGCAUGAUGGACCGGAAGGUCCUGUUUAUCGGGGACUCCACCAAUCGAGGGAUGAUGUACUACCUGAUGGAGAGGGUGAACACCACGCUGGAGGACUGGGAUAAAGCUCACAACACCAUCGUCUACCACAAUCUGAACCAGGGCCGAACUAUCGUCAGCUACUCCUACUACCCACAAUUCUGGCUGCCAAAGACCCACAGACCCACCUUCCAAAGAGCUCUGCAGCAGCUUCUAGAAAGUGGCAGAGGCCUUGUUAACACACUAAAUGACUUUGGCACCGGGUUUGAUGGUGGGAUGUGGGCUGUAUGUGGUCGGCAGGCUGUGUGUCAGAUCAGAGUAUCUCACCAGGGAUGGUCACAGCCGCUGGAGAACUCACCUCAGACAGUGCUGGUCGCUGGAGGGGUGCAGUGGCUGAACCUGAACCAUUUGAGGACCAUUCGGCAGGUUUUGGAGAGGGAGGGUCUUGAAAACAUCAUGGUGGUGGUGAAAUCUUUAGGAAUGGGUUUCCAUCUGCCCGUGGAUGGUAUCCGCUCUCUGUCACUGGUAAGAAUCACUGGAGAUCAUAAAAGGUUUAUGAAUCUGUAG